CAUGGCCCAUUUAGGAACAAAAGUACGAAAACUUGAUGUGAUCAUCACUAAAUGUGAUGUAAUUGAGGAUGGUAUUCCUACUCGAUAUCAUGUAAAAACAAGCCAAGACUCUCUCUCUAAAUCUGAACCAUAUAAAAGAUUCAUCUUUGGAAAGAGAGACAAGAACAAACCACAUAAAACUAUUCUGAUGGUUGGAGAAACAGGAACAGGAAAAACAAAACUAAUCAACACUAUGGUCAACUACAUGCUGGGUGUUGAGAGAGAAGACAAGGUUUGGUUUGAGAUCACAGAUGAUCAGAGUGAUCGGUCUUCAGCUCACAGUCAGACCUCCAUCAUCACUGUUUAUGGGUUUUAUCUAGAAGAGAGUCCAAUGGAUUUAACAAUCAUCGACACACCAGGAUAUGGAGACACUCGUGGAGUUCAGAAAGACAAAGAGAUUGCCAUAAAUUUGCUUAAUUUAUGCUGUUGUCUGGGUGACUGGGAUAAUGAACUAGAUGCAGUGUGUCUGGUGAUCAAAUCAAACCAGAAUAGACUCUGUAACAGACAAAUUUAUAUAUAUGAUGCUGUUCAGUCUUUAUUUGGAAGUGAUAUUGCUGAAAACAUUGUCCUGCUCUUGACAUAUUCACGUGGAGCUUAUCCAAUAGAUGCCCUGACGGCUGUUAAAGAGGCUCAUGUCAAGUGUGCAGUGGAUGAACAGAAUCAGCCUGUGUUUUUCUUGUUCGACAACUGUCAAGGAGAGACAUUUCAUGAAGAAUACCAGAUGGUCCAAGAACAAUCAUGGAACCUCAGUAGUAAUGGUAUAAAAGGAUUUUUCAGUUUUUUUGACACAAUAAAACCAAAACCCAUGAAGAUGACUAAAAAUGUAUUAAAACAACGGGAGCAGUUAAAGGCAAAUGUUUCAAAAAUAGAAUUACAUGAUCAAGACAUAGAAAUAAAGCAAAAUAAACUGAAACAAGCUCAAGGAGAACUGGAGAAACUCAAGAAAGAAGUUGAAGAUAAUAAAAACUUUGAGUAUGAAGUUGAAGUGACCUACAAAGAGAAGGUUUAUAUUGAUCUUAAUAAAGCCUAUGAGGCUACGUGCUGCACUGUCUGUGAGAAGAACUGUCAUUAUCCUGGCUGCUGGUGGGUAACCUCUGUCUCAUGGUGUAGUGUGAUGGAAAAUAAUCACUGUACAGUGUGCAGAUGCCACUACAACAAACACAUCAAAGAAGCAAGGAUAUAUGUGACAAAGACAAGAAAAGAAAAAACAAUAAAUCAAGUAUUAAAAAAUAAAUAUUUAGAAAAAAAGAGCAUCAAAGAGUCUGAUGUUAAGAAGUUGGAGAAAGAGCUACAAGACAUAAUGACACAGAAAGUGAAGCUGGUGAUGGAGGCUUUUCACUGUGUGAAUUCUCUGGAGAUGAUUGCUCUCAACACUGAUUCACUGAUCACACUUCAUCACAUUGAUUUUCUGAUUAAGAAGCUGAAAGAAAUAAAUGAGCCUGAAAAGGUCAAAACAGUGGAAGACAUCAAGAGAAGAGCAGGAGAAGGAAAACAAAGAGCUCUGGGAUACAUGAAAGACAUAUAAGAAAAAUCCUCAGCUAGUCAAGGAAAAUAAGAAAAUUCCAGAAUUUGUUUGACAAAAAUCUGUUUAAACACUGACAUGUCUUUAAAUCUAUCAGUUGUCUAGAGUGUGAGCACGCAGAGACAAAGAUAUUUACAUAUGAACAUUGUAUCUGAGAGAAGAACAAACUAUUAGGAGGUUGUAAAUAAGGAUUUUUUUUUUUUUUUUAAAUUGAGUAUGUGCGGUGAAAUUAUGGAACAGUUUAUAACAGAUUCUCGACCAAUGUCAGGAUAUUAAUC